AUGCAGGUUCCUCUACUUCGUCUACAAUGCGGUGUCAACUCGUACGCCUGGGGAAAGAAGGGCAAUGAUUCUGCCGCUGCCCGAUUUGCGGCCGCUACGCCCUCUGAUGACCUGAAGAUCGAGUCUGAUACUCCAUACGCAGAGCUGUGGAUGGGAACUCAUCCCUCGAACCCCUCUCGAGACCUCAACACCGGCCGAACCCUCCUCGAUCUCUGCGAGGAUAACCAGUCACUCCUCUCGCAAACCAUCUCCUCCCACUACGGCCACAAGCUCCCCUUCCUCUUCAAGGUCCUCUCCAUCGCAAAGGCGCUCUCGAUCCAAGCCCACCCCAACAAGAAGCUCGCCGAGCAACUCCACGCUCGCGAUGCAAAGAACUACCCCGAUGACAACCACAAGCCUGAAAUGGCCAUCGCCAUUACCCCCUUCGAGGGUCUCUGCGGUUUCCGACCCCUCACUGAGAUUGCUCACUUCCUCGAGACAGUGCCUGCGCUGAGAGCGCUCGUGGGCGAAGAAGCUGCCAAGGAGUUUGCGCAGGUUGCUAAGGAUGGUGAUGAGGGUGUUACGGAUGAGAAGAAGAAGUUUCUGAAGAAGGCUUUUGGCGCGCUGAUGGCUUCGUCUGCUGAGGAUAUUGCUGAGCAAAUGCCCAAGCUUGUUGAGCAGGCUGAGAAGGAGGGCGCUGAUUUCGCUGGUGGUGGUGUCCCUGCUACUUCUGGCGAGAAGCUCGCUGAGCUCGUGAAGCGAACACAUGGCGAGUUUGGCGACGACAUUGGAUGCUUCGUGCUCUUCUUCCUCAACUUUGUCACUCUGGAGCCUGGCGAGGCUUUGUUCCUAGUCGCCGACGACAUUCACGCCUACAUUUCCGGCGACAUCAUGGAGUGCAUGGCAGCCUCCGACAACGUUGUCCGCGCUGGUUUCACACCCAAGUUCAAAGACGUCUCAACACUCGUCGACAUGCUAACCUACAACUUCGCGCCCAUCGAGCAACAAAAGAUGACACCCACCGAAUACCCCUACGCAACACUCAACCGCAACGCCUACAGCUCCGGCUCAGCGGUAGUGCUGUACGACCCACCCAUCGAAGAGUUCAGCGUCGUGCGCACCCUGCUCCGCGGGGAUGGCGCAAAGGCUACAUUUGAGCCUAUCGAGGGACCUAGCAUUGUCAUCUGCACGGGUGGAAAGGGGAGGAUCGCUGUUGGGCCUACGAGCUAUGAGAUGAAGGAGGGGUAUGUGUACUUUGUGGGCGCUACGGCGGAGCUUGUGCUUGAGAGUGAGGGGGGGGAGGAUGAGGAGUUUACGACGUUCAAGGCGUUUUGUGAGAUUGACGAUUCUGAGAAGGAGAAGCUAUAG